AUGGCUCACCUGCAACACAGCCGUUCAUUCUGUUGGAACGUGUCAGUCAUGAAGCCCUGUUUAAUGACCAUUGUCAUCCUUAUGAUCCUGGCUCAAAAGAUUCCAGGUGGUCUGUUCAGAUCCCACAAAGGCAAGAGCCGAGAGUCUUGGAAUCCAUGUGAGCUUUACAAAGGCGUAUGCAGAAACACCUGUAGAGAAUAUGAAAUCCAAUACUUAACCUGCCCAAAUGAUCGAAAGUGCUGCCUGAAACUUUCUGUGAAAACAACCAGCUCUAAGAAUGUGAAGGAGAAUUACAACUCUAACUCCAACUUGUCAGUUAUGAACAGCUCAAGCUACGCUCACAUUUGA